CUGGCAACCCUGUGAGAGACGGCACACAGCCUGCAGUGAACCUGUCACUCCUGUUAGUGACCGGGGCGUUGCAUUUUAUGCAGGUCCCGUCGCGGUUUCCACACAGAGAUGGCCGAAUAUAGCCACACGGGUAUAUUAACGGCUCUGUUGCUGUUUACUGCCGUGACGGUGAGAGAUAUUUACUUGGGCCGGACUGCGACAGAGCAGCUGGAGCAGCAGGCCGCGAAGAGCAGCAUGGCCUCCAGCGGCUUCCCGGAGCCGGAGAGCAGCAGCACGCAGAGGCAGAGCAAGACCAAAUUCUACACAGGACCAGUGCUGAAGUUCCAGUACUGUAUUUCCUGAGGGUACAGUAAGGUGUUCCAGGAGUACUCCAGGUCUAUCAGCCAGCUGUACCCGGACAUCCGAAUCGAGGGGGGAAAUUACCCUCCCAAACUCAUCAACAAAUAUAUUGCAAAUUUCAUCUCCUACUUUAAACUGCUCGCCAUUGCUCUGAUUGUCACUGGACAAAAUCCUUUCCAAAUGCUUGGAACGAACACACCAAGAGUUUGGUCAUGGGGUCAAGAAAAUAAGAUAUUCUCAUGUCUCAUGGUGUUCUUCCUCAGUAACAUGUUGGAGACCCAGUUCCUGUCUACAGGAGCAUUUGAGAUAACGUUAAAUGAUGUUCCCAUUUGGUCAAAGCUGCAGUCAGGGUAUGUACCGAACAUCCAGGAGCUCUUCCACAUUCUGGACAACCACCUCAAGAUGAAUCAGGUCGACAACCUCAAAUUCGCCUCGCCUUAGCGCUGCUGUUCAAGCGGAGAGAGAGGUGUCUGGAGCUGUUUUUCUGGACAAAGGGACCGUGGACCGUGGCUUAAUGAAGGCCUGCACUGCAAACAGCUUGCUGUGGGUGCAGACUGGAUGUUCCUGCCACCACACACUCUUCCUCUGGCCGGCAACACACUCCUCCAGACUGGUUCCAUCUCUAAUGGGCAGCACCCUAUAGGCAUCCGUUGUGUGAAAGUCAUUUGUGAGCUGGACGCACUAAACUUUAUUUUCAGAUGCUGAAACUAGAGAUACAUGAGCAAAUAUGACCAAAUAAGUGGCAGUCAGGAAAGUGUCAUAAAAAUAUCUCACAUUUGUCUGCAAAUGUUUGAAUGAUCGUAGAUAUGUUUGUUGUGUGGCGCUGCUGUAAAACUGUAAUUAUGUAUACAGGAUCUUUCCUCUAUAUACAUUUCACUUGCACUGAAAAACUGGUUUUCAGGCUAAGGGAAAUGUUUGUGCUAAUGUGCAAUUCGUUUACCUAACACUCCACUUUGGUGAAAAUCCUCUAGAGGUGUAAUUUCAUGUCCUUUUAGCAGAGUAGAUGGGGACAUGUUUUAGAUGGGAAACGUGGUAUCCAUUUGGAUCUGCAUGUUCAUCCUUCCUCUUAAUUUUUCAGGCUUUUUGUAGCAAUGUUAAGCUGCCUGUUUAGAAAGGUUGUUUGGAGUAACCACUGUCUUAAUCAGAACACUGCACAUCACAGGUCAGAUAUAAAUGGUACUCUUAAUUUCCAAAAGCUUUCUCUAUUUUUUAAUUUCUCUCCUAAUGGGUGAGGUCAUGAGAAACCUCUUCUCUUUUAAUCUACCUUAUUCAUGAAAUUGUAACCUAGGUGACAUUUUGUUGGAAUUUAUCUUGCAAGAGCAGAAAUUUUACCAUUGUUUCAAAAGAAUAAAGGAUAUAAAAAUUGACAA